AUGGUGUGUUUGGUUUUGGGUCUUCUGUGGACGCUCCUGGUGGCUGCAGGAGCCAAGCCGAACUGCAGACCGUUCCAGGCCAGUUUCUGCAGCAGCGUGGGCUACAGCACCAGUGCCAGCCCCAGCGGAGUAUCCGGAUACAUCCUGAGGGACAUAGGGCAGAUCGUGGACACGGGCUGCUCUCCAGAUGUGGCUACGCUCAUGUGCAGGGUGGUGGUUCCUGAGUGCGGUGCUGAGGAGAACUCUCGCCUGAAGCCGUGUCGGAGCCUCUGUGAGCGGGUGAAGAGUGACUGUGAAGCUCCCCUCAAGUCCAAGAGGAUAUACUGGCCCCUGAGGCUGAGGUGCGACAGUCUGCCCCAGGACAACUGUGUACAGGGGGCAAUGCAGGGGCCAAGGGGCGGCCUCUCACGUGGCAGCCCGGCGGUCUGCGAGCCAAUCACAGCCCCCCUGUGCAACGACCUGUCCUAUAACCUCACGGCAAUGCCCAACCACAUGGGGCACACGCGGCAGGACGAGGCUGGGCUGGAUCUGCACACCUUUUAUCCACUGGUGAAAGUGCAGUGCAGUCCGGAGCUGAAGGACUUCCUCUGCUCUGUGUACAUCCCAGAGUGCCUCAUGGGGAAGACCAUCGCUCCCUGCAGCCGCAUGUGCGAGCGUGCAAGGGCCGGCUGCGAACCUCUCAUGAACAAGUUUGGCUUCGAAUGGCCGGAUAAACUGGCCUGUCACAACUUCAAGAACGACACCUGCGAUCCGGAGGCGCCCCCCACCCUGGCCCCCUCCCUCCCUGCGCGGUGCGAGCCCAUCUCGGUGCCCCUGUGCUCAGACCUGCCGUAUGCGCUGACGCUGCUGCCCAACGCCCUGGGCCUCCGCUCGCAGCAGCAGAUCGCUGAGGAGCUGCGGCUGCUAAACUUCCAGUCCCUGGUGACGAUCGGCUGCUCCCCAGCGCUGAAGCCCUUCCUCUGCUCGGUCUACACGCCCGAGUGCGUCCAGGGCCGAGCGCGCGCACCCUGCCGCACGUUGUGUGAGGAGGCGCGCUCCUCCUGUGAACCGCUGCUGCAGAAGAUCGGCACGAGCUGGCCCUACACGCUGUCAUGUGACCGGUACGACACCACGUCCUGCUCCCACUUUGGCGUGGGCAGCAGUGGCGGCAUCUGUCAGCCCAUCACCGUGCCCAUGUGCCAGGACCUUUCCUACUCCCAGACCCUGGUCCCAAACCUCCUGGGCCACAGCAGCCAGCGCGAGGCCGCCGUCCAGAUGUCCUUUUUCAACUCCAUGGUCCAGACCUUCUGUAGAGUGGACAUCCGCCUGUUCCUGUGCCUCGCCUACGCCCCCAAGUGUGUGCGGGGGGAGGUGCAGCGCCCGUGCCGCUCCUUCUGUCAGAAAGCCAAAGACAGCUGUGGGAAUAUGGAACACUUAAACAUGAACUGGCCCCGAGAGCUGGAGUGCCACAACUUCCCCACCAAGAACUGCAUCACGGAGGAUGGUGACACUGAGGCCAGCGCAAAGCAGAUCCUCACACGACUCAACGCUGGAGGCUUCUCUGUCUACGGGAACAGUGUCAGUCUGAGGACGGCUUAUCUGCUGCUCACCCUCGCAGACGCAGACCACACCGGAGGCCUCAGCUCUGUGGAGUUCUUCAACAUGGAGCACUUUGUCGCGUCUGUGAGGAGGGAGUACGUGGAGAUGAACAUGGGACGCACUCCGCCUGCAGUGACAGAGGAUCAGCUGCUGGUGGCGCUCUUCAAACGCGGUCUGGUGGCGAUGGACCGGAAGAUGGUGGAGCCUCUGUGGAGACUGUACAGGAACAGUCAGGGCAACAGCAUCGACUUCGACGACUUUGUGGCUGUGGUCACCAGGCUGCAGGUCCUCAAAGAUCGGUUUGAGUCUCGUUUGCUGAACCUGCCGUGUGAAGAGUGCCAAGUGGCCAGCUUCUCCUUCAUACAGUUUAUCAACGCCGCUGUCCUCUGA